UCAUCCAACAACUCGACAGUUUCUUAAGAUUUUUCCAAAGUUUCUUUUUAAUUUAUCUUGUUCAUUGAAGAUAAAGAUAUAUAGAUAUAUUGUGAAACUCGAUUUUGAAAUGUCAUCUGUUUUAUUACUGUUUUCUUGUGGAUGUGUAUGGUGAACGAGAUGCAGUGAUUGAUAUCUGUACAGCCUAAGAUCAAUAAAUCACGGGUUUAUUAUCGUCAAAAACAGGGGGUUCUUCAAUGCUUAUUGGAGGUCCGAGACCACCCCAGCCCCCUCUAAAUUUGAGCACUGCGUACAGGCGCCUCGAUCUGCUUCUUGGGAUAUCUUCAUCAAUAGACAUGUGCUGGAGGUAACCACAACUCACUCCUGGUAUUUUUCACCCUGGAUCGGACAUGGUCCAUUGGGCCACUCAUCUGUUGACAUGUGUCUGGAUACAGGCUUUAAUGUCCUCUGCGUUAGACACGUGCCCCCCAACAGCCCCCAUUGCCAUAGACUUCUCGGUACCAUACCCCAUGCCCUACUUUCAGACCCAAAACCCCAUCCAGAACAUAGUGACCAAUCCCCUUUUCCAAGAGGUCUACGUGGGCUCUCAAAACAUAAUUGAGGCAGUAAACAGAACUCUGGGUAAGCUAUGGACCGUUCAUACGGGGCCUGUGGGUAGCCCAAAAUGUGAGAUAUGUGAUUUGUGUGAUAUUGAAAGAGAUCCCCUACACGAGAACACAGAUAGUGAGGUCUUGCUACUAGACACGUUUCUUAUGUACUUAUACUCAUGUGGAAGUUCUCAGUAUGGCGUUUGUUACUUCCACCAACUCCAUGAGAAUGGAGAGCCACCUGGGCCCUCCAAGUGUUUGUUCAGGAAAAAGUUCAACUCUCCAGAUUUCUGCCCGGAUUGUAUCGCUAGCCCUUUGGGAACCAAAGUCUCCAUGGUGGAAGAAGGGCAAACGGUGUACUUUUUUGUCGCGGCGACUGUAAACGACAGCGUGACGCAAAGAUACGGUCGCAUGUCUAUUUCCGUACGACGUCCGGUUGCGACCGAGGACGGAUUCUACACCGAUGUCAGGGGGUUGACAGUAUUGCAUGGUCUGCAACAGACUUACAACAUCGACUACAUCUACAGCUUCUACACACAGGAUUUCGUCUACUUUCUUUCCGUUCAACGAGAGAAAACCGACGUGGAUUCUUCGCCCUACCAAACGAGACUAGGCCGUCUGCCACGCCACGAAUGGGAGAUGCGACGUUACCGGGAGAUUGUUUUAGAGUGCCGCUUUGAACCCAAACGGAGAAGGAGAAGCAACGGCAGUGAGCCUUUUAAAGAUGUGGUCUACAACGUCGUCCAAGCAGCUCACUUUGGCAAGGCCGGGAGAGAGUUGGCUGACGAGUUGGGUGCUGAGGAAGAAGAUGAUAUUCUGUAUGGUGUGUUUGCUGUGACUGAUGACUCUGGAGUUCCUGAACAUGACUCGGCACUCUGUGCGUUUCCCAUGGAUACGGUUAACACGGCAAUAGAUGAUGGAGUCGAGGACUGCUGCAAAUCUGGACCAGAGCAACUUUCUAGAGGCCUUUGUCAUUUUCAGCCAUGUGAAAGCUGUCCGCAUGAGAGCAUGGAGCACAAUAUGACCUGCAGAGAUCAGCCCACCCUUGUGUCUCAGCCGUACUACAGAGUGGAUCUCUUUAACAGACAGAUGAGAGGCGUUCUGCUUACAUCACUGCUGGUCACCAGCAUCGAGAACAAGACCGUGGCUCAUAUAGGCACAUCAGAUGGCCGAUUACUGCAGCUUGUUUUGAGAAGGUCCAGCCCCGUCAUCUUUGCCAAUUACUCUCUGGUGGAGAACCAGAAAGUGUCUUCGACCGCAGCAGUUCUCCCACCAGAACAUCUGCUAUUUGUGGUCGGAAAUAAGAUGAUUCAGGUUCCUCAGAGAGGUCCAGGCUGUCGUCACUUCCUCACGUGUGCCAUGUGUCUGACGGCGCCCGAAUUCAUGGGGUGUGGAUGGUGUGCCGGUCAGUGUACCUGGGUGUCUGAAUGCAGGGCUCGCUGGGAAAAUGAGUCAUGCCCACCUAGAAUAUCAGAGUUUUUCCCAAAGACAGCGCCCCCUGAUGGUCAGAGCGAAAUGACGAUGUGCGGAUGGGAGUUUCAGUCACCCUUGAGACCCGUCAUCACCACCAGAACCCAUGAAGUAAAGCUGGGCGAGACCGCCUGUGUUGUUCAGCCUCACAAAAGCAACAGCACCCACUUAGUGUGUAAGAUCCGCUCUGGGGCGACAGAGACGCUUUUUAAACCCCUGAACGUCACAGCCAGAGUUCAUGAAGGUCGAGUGGAGGGUCGAUACUCAAUUGAAGGAAGUGCAGAGAUGCCUGGAUUCACUUUUGUGGUCCCAAACAUCACAGAGGUUCAGCCUGACUAUGGGCCUGUGAAUGGAGGAACUUUAAUCACGAUAACAGGUCCAUACCUGGACUCUGGAAAGAACAGGAAAGUUACUCUUGAUGGGGAAACAUGUCCAGUCCAAAGUGUUUCUGUGAUCAGAGGAAACCUGUCCUCCAUCAUAUGCCUUUCUCAGCGUGUGAGCGAGGUCAAAGAUGUGGUGCUUCGCGUCAACAUUGAUAAAUCACGCGUCUUGACCACUAAAGUUUUCCGCUAUAAGAAGACUCCUGAGAUUCUUGCGGUUCUUCCGGACUGCAGCUUUGACAGUGGGUCCAGAAUCAUCAUUGAAGGCCGAAAUCUGGACUCGGUCUACAGAACUGUCAUCCAUUUUAAACCCAAAGAAUCCCAUCUCAAACCUGUUUCAACUGAGUGUAGAGGAAGAGCCAAGCCCACCCGAAUGGAAUGCAUCACCCCAGUUUUUCAUCGUGAUGAGACGGAAGAGGGCGAGCUCUCGUUUGACAUGGAUGGAGUGCUCGGCCUGUGGAAACAAGACUUCUCCUACCACCCGUACGGCCGGCCAAUCCCGUUCGAGACAGAGGGUCACAUACUAAAACUGUACCCUGGCUUCGAUGAAGUGUCUUUACAUCAUCAGAAGCUAAACCUUGUGAGCUCCUGCAUGUCGAUCACAAUGACGGUUGGAGAUGUUGACUGUGGUGCUAAAGUCCUGGACAAUGAGAUCACUUGCAGGAUCCCUAAUAACGUCACCAUCCCCAGUGAGGGCUUACCAGUAAAGGUCACAGUUAAUGGAUACACCCACAAUGUCGGCACUGUGAUUUUGGUCAGUAAUCACUAUAUGGUCGGUAUUGUGCUUGGCAUACUGGCGGCUCUUGUGACUGGUGCAGUGCUGGCCUUCAUUGUCCUAAAACAUCUGAGGAAGCAGAAGAAAGCUCCACUGGCAGAGAAUCGUCUGUCUUAUUUCUCCCACAAUCGGUCACGUAAUAAUAGUGUCGAUUUGUGUCCCUUAGGAGACUACAGACGUGAACUUCCUCUAACAACCAUCACUGCGCCCGGCGGUGCCGUGGCGUUUCCUGGGCUGGCUUACACGGGCUCUCUGGACACGACCCUGACUCCUCUUAUGCCACCAGAGAAGAUCUCCAUCACCAGCUUCCGUCCUGAGCUCCUGGAGGAGGUGAAGGAUGUGCUGAUCCCAGCCUCCAUGCUUAAGGUCCAUCAUCAUGAUAUCAUUGGAAAGGGCCACUUUGGCACAGUUUAUCAUGGUUACCUCACUGACCACAACAACAGAGAAAUCCACUGUGCUGUCAAGUCACUAAACCGAAUAACAGAUGUGGAGGAGGUGGAGCAGUUUUUGAAGGAGGGAAUUCUGAUGAAGGGUUUUCAUCACAGUAAUGUUCUCUCUCUGCUGGGUAUUCUGCUUCCUGAGGAGGGGCUUCCUCUGGUGGUCUUACCAUACAUGAAACACGGAGACCUACGACACUUUAUACGCUGUGAGAAGAGGAAUCCCACAGUAAAGGAUUUGAUUGGGUUCGGGCUCCAGGUCGCUCAAGGAAUGGAGUAUCUGGCCCAAAAGAAGUUUGUACACAGGGAUUUGGCAGCACGCAACUGCAUGCUUGAUGAAUCGUACACCGUGAAGGUGGCAGAUUUUGGUAUGGCACGGGAUGUGCUAGAGAAGGAGUACUAUAGCGUCCAGGAUCACAGGAAAGCUAAACUGCCCGUCAAAUGGAUGGCCAUCGAGAGCCUGCAGACGCAGAAGUUCACAACCAAAUCAGACGUGUGGUCUUUUGGAAUUCUGAUGUGGGAGAUGCUCACAAGAGGGGCAAGCCCAUAUCCCGAAGUUGACCCUUAUGAUGUCACUCAUUACCUCUUAAAGGGACGGCGGCUGCCUCAGCCACAAUACUGUCCAGAUCCAUUGUAUAGCAUUAUGUUACAGUGUUGGGACCCAGACCCUGACAAGAGACCAACUUUCUCCACCCUAGUGUCAGCUGUCACCAGUAUCCUGUCAGGCCUGGAAGGGGAGCACUAUAUCAGUCUGAAGGUAACCUAUGUUAACCUGGACCAACCACGCCCUUACCCCGCCCUAACAGACUCUGCUGAUGAAUACGAUUCAUCAGAAGCCGAUGAUUCGGCCUCCGUCUCUAGCUGAUUGGCAACAAUGGUGAAUUUUUAACAUGUGUUUUUUCACUACUUGACUUGAAGUCAUGUGACAACGAUGCAUACUGUUGUGUAAAAUAUGUGGUGUCGCAUAUACUAUAUUUUAUUAAAAUAGCAGGUAGUAUACAGUAUGCACGCCACACUAUGUACUAGAUGCUAGUAUUUCAUUUCAAACUAAGUAAAACUUGAAGGAAACUGUUAGAGCAUUAAAGACACAAGAUAAAGCUCUUAUUCAUUGUUUGUUUGUUCUUGUAUGUAUAGUAUUGUCUACUUAUAGCAAAGUCUACUUUUUGUGAAGAAGUCUUGACUCAUUAAGCUAGCAAAUGAGAUGCUUGUGCAUGCCAUUAAAAUGAAGGUAAGAGUAUUUAUGCAUUUAUUUCAAGCACUUCUAUUGUUAGUAUUUACAGUACUUGAGUAGUUGAUAUAUAUUUAAUUUAUGAAACAAUUACUUUUUUCUACAAUGACAAUUUUCUGUAAUAAUACAAAUUGUGUUCUGCACCACUUUAUUGUGAAGCUAUAUUGUAAUGAGUGACCCUUUACUUGGUUCGGUUUGUGAUUAUAUCAGUUUGUACGGACACUACAGAGCAGGAAUGUACAAGAUUGAAUGUACAAUGUUAAAGAUAAGUAAGCUUUUUAAUGGUGUCGAGUUGAAUGUAUCAUUGACAAGUCUUUGUGAUUCAGUAAUGGGAACUAUUGAAAUGAAUAUGACUGGAAUUAAGUUUA